GAUUAGAAUGAAAAAUAUCAUUAUUGCGAAAAGAAAGAGACUGUCAGUGGGAAUAAGGGUUAAAAGGGUGGGAAGACGGAGAGUUAGAUGCAAAUCUGAAUGGGAGAAGGGAAUUAAGUACCUAUUCUCUACAUCACAAGGUGGAAGAGGAGACGACUGCGGCACCACCUCCUGCUCCGCUUCACUAUUCUGGUUAAUCUUCUUCCUUAUACCCUUCUUUCUAAUUCUGCAUAUCUUACGAAUCUUGAAUCUUAUUCUGCCCUCUUUUCAUUGCUUUUUUUCUUAAAACUUGUCCAUUUCAUCCAUUACCUUCAUUGUCUCCUGCAAUAUGAACAUGGGUUUUGCCCCUUUUGGUGUUGGUAAUGGAGGAUCUUCAUCAUCUUUCUCCAAUUUAUCACCUUUGGCGCCGCCCUUUACUCUUGAUCGUUCGGUUACUAAACCUUUAUCAACCCCACUUGUGGAUAUCACUGAACCUGAACCUGAACCUGAAUUUGGGGUUGGGGUUGGGGUUGGGGUUCCCCUCAACCCUUUGCAACACAAUUGGCUCCCUUCCACCUCCAAAACCUCAGCCCAUGACUUCGAUUGGUUACCCUUCUCUACUGGCUCUGGAUACCCCAGGUCGCAGGCUAUGAUGGACCCUUCUCAUAACCAUGGACCUCUUUUGGGUCGUCUUACAAUCACUUCAACUGACCUCUCCUCAUACCACGGAUCCUCUGAUGGAGUAACAACUAGUAUGGGCAAACCAAAACCCUAUUAUCCUUCUUAUGCCGCAACUUCAUCUAACAAAGCUGGUCCUACGGCCAUUGUUGAUCAACCAAGUUAUGAUUGGCUAUCAAACUCGCACGUUGUUAAAUUCAAAGGGCCCCCGUGCACCGACUUCUCUCGCGGAUCUUCAGCUUCUGAGAGAUCAACUAAAGAGGCUUCACAUUCUGUUGAUGUGCUUGAUCUGAAUAAAUGCAACGACUUUGUAAGAGAAUAUCCAAAUGAGGAAUUGUUUUCGGAGCGAAACCUUAACAUUGAGAGAAUUUCUAACAUGGAUGCUCAUUCUGCAUUUCCAGGAUGUCAUCCUAAGACUAGGACACCACCUUCCAAUCCAGCCUCAAGUUCUCAAAACUCUCCAUUUCUGAAAAAGCCUCCAUAUCUGGAAAUCUCGAGAGAGCAAGAUUCUAGACUGAACGUGACUACAUCAAUUGUCAAUUCUCCCGCUACUUUUUCCAUCAGACCAUCUGUUGUCAGCACUGAUUCUUUUGCCUGGAAUGUCGGCUCAUGUCAUGUUUCAGAUUAUGGCUAUGAAGCAAAACAAGGUGGUAACAACCUUUCCAAUCUAAAGGAGCUUCUUCCAGUUAACUCUGAGAGCAAGGAAUUCGUCAGUGCAGAGAAUUAUGAUACAUGUAUAGAUAAAAACGAUCCCGUAAUUACUGAGCCCUCAUCAACCAAAAUUCAUGACUUGCGAAACAAUAUACAUUCUGCUAAGGAUUCGCCAGAUCGUAGAUUGAAGGCUGGAAUGAGACUUCAUAUUCCCGAUGCCAGUCCUCAUUUUAGUUUGGACCCUAAAGGAAUUGAAACUGCCACAACAACUGAGAGUUCCUCUGAAAGUUUUGAUCAGUACAACCUUGCAGCAGUAGACUCACCUUGCUGGAAAGGAGUUCCAAUUAAUCAGAUUUCUCCUUUUCAAGCAUUUGAGAUUGUUACACCGAGUCGUACGAAGAUGUUGGAAGUUUACAACAGUGUGAAUCUGUCAUUGUCUCAAGUACCCCCGUCUACUGCUGAGGAUACUGUGAAAGUCAUAGUUCAUGAACCAAAUGAAAGCACGAUAGGCAGCAUUCUGGAAAAAGGUGCAACGUCUUCUCCAAAGAUGCCUUCAGUUAUUGUGCCUGCAGAACAGAAAAGUAGCAAUUCUGUGAAAGCAGGAGAAUUUUGUUCAAAAAUGGGUUGCUUCCAUCCAGCUACCAGUAGCGUCUAUGAAACAUUUGAAGAUGGUGGUGACUUCUAUUCUUCCUGUUCCAUACCACAAAAUAAAUAUAAGCAUAAUUUAGUGUCUGGAAAAAGGAUUGGACGUACAAGUUGUACGGAAAAGCAUGCAGAUGCAAGAUUAAAUAGCGACAACUCUUCUGGAAAUGGUUUAAAUCAUUUGUCGUUUGAUGCUGCAGAACAUGUCCAGAAUUUGCCUUCUGAGCUGGUGAAGGCAUUUCAUGGAGAAUCAACUUCAAAAGUUGAUAUCAGGAUUUUGGUUGAUACAUUGCAUAGUCUAUCAGAGUUGCUCCUUGCACAUUGUUCAAAUGGUUUGGAUGCAUUACACCAAAAAGACGUCAUGUCCCUCGAGACUGUGAUGAAUAACCUUGAUGUGUGUAUAAAUAGCGUUGGAUCACAAGGUUCUCUCUCACCUGAGCAAAGGACUUCACAAAGCCUUGAGCAGUUUCAUCAGCUUCAUGCGCAUUUCCAGGAUUUGGGAGUGCUCAAGUCCCAGUCCCAGAUGACAAAGAUUGAAGGUGAAAAUUUGGAGUGUCUAUCAAAUGAUCGAAAUGGUGUCGAGGAAACGAAUCGACACAUAUUAUCUGUCAAGAAAGACAAAGAAGCUGCUGGCUCUCAUCAUCUUAGGAAUGGGAUUGACUCGAUGAAAGAAGAUAGCAUGACCAAGGCUCUUAAGAAGGUUCUGAGUGAGAAUUUUCAUGACGAUGAAGAACAUCCUCAAACUCUCUUGUACAAGAAUCUAUGGCUUCAAGCAGAAGCUGCGUUAUGUGCCUCCAAUUUAAGAGCUCGUUUUAAUAGUGCAAAGUCAGAAAUGGAGAAACAUGAAUCACCAAAAGUGAAAGAACAUGCCAAAAAUCACAACCAACUAUUCGUUUCUGGUGCAUCUCCUGGUUCAAACACCAUUGCGGAAGUGGCAUCUAAGACUAAAGUUGGUUCUACCUCAUUUGUUUCCGUCCAAACUUCCCCUACUGUGAGUGUCAGAAGUCAUGCAUCAGAUGACGUGAUUACUAGAUUCAAUAUUCUCAAACACCGAGACGAUGAAGCAAAGCUUAGGGAUGCCGAAAAUUCGGGAACACUAUCUGAUUUUGAGGUUUCAGUUAAACAAGGCAUGGUUGAAAAAUCCGCACUGGAGAAGGAACAAACUGCAGGCCCACAUAUGAAAGACAUGGAUUCUUCCUUCCCCUCUUCAAAGGUCAAGGGGAAUGAUUCUGGGCCAGCUCCUCGGUCGACUUCCCCCAUCUUGACCAGGACCAGUCAUAUAGACGAUGUUAUGUCGAGAUUUCAAAUUCUGAAAUCUCGAGACGAGCGCGUAAGUUCUUUGAAUGCGGGAAAGGUGCAGAAAGUUACAAGUUCCCGUUGCAGUGAAAUUGAGAAGGCGGCACUUGAAGGUGCCAUCUCGAUGAUACAUCAUCCCGUUGCAGAUAACAAAAAUGAAGUUGAUGAUUUAGAUGGUUCAGUAAUGGGCAGACUAGAUGUCCUAAGGAGUCGGGGAAACAACAUAAGGCCAACUCCUGCAGGGGAAAACUUACAGGAGUAUUGGACAUCUGUUGAAAACAAAGUAAAAAUGGAACCUUUCUUGCGGCCUGAAGCUGGGAAGGAUAGUAGAAGCCAUUUUGAGGGCAAGCUUCCUGCUGGUUGUUCUAAUGGGUCCUCAUCAGACUGGGAACAUGUUCUCUGGUGCGAUUGAAUGUGUAUAGAGUUCUAAUGAUCCUUCUCUCAGUGUAUCAUAACGUUUUUAUUUCUGUUGAAUCAACUUCUGGUGAGACUGUUUAACUCACUCAGAUUCUCUGCCAUACUUAACUACCAUCGAUCAUAAUAGAUCUCUUGUUUGUUCAUAAUAGAUAUCUUGUUUGUAA